AUGACGUCCUUCAGAUGCUGGCUCCUGGCAGCUCUUGCGGCAUCUGCUGUCAAGGCCGAGUCAGUCCAGAAAUCAGACUUGAAACUUCCGCCUAGUGCUUCAAUCCACAAGGCAGAAGUCAAGGAUCUUUUUGCUUCAAGCUACGAGGCUUACCAGAAGUACGCCUGGGGGCAUGAUGACCUGUUGCCCGUUUCAGAAUCGUACUUUGACGGACGGAACGGAUGGGGCGCUUCCAUUGCCGACGCUAUGGGCACCAUGUGGAUUAUGGGGUUCACGGACUGGUUUGCACAAGCCGUCAAUCACACUGCUAAUACCGACUUUAGCAUUUCGCACACUUACGACACUGUCAGUCUGUUUGAAACCACUAUUCGUUAUGUUGGAGGUUUCAUAAGCGCGUAUGAGCUUAGCGGGGAACAGUAUCCAGUUCUAGUUGAAAAAGCCCAGGACCUUGCUGAUCAAAUGACCUAUGCCUGGGUCAGUCAGAAUCAGUCUAUUCCGUAUGGUUAUAUGGACUUUAACAGUCACCAACCCACCAUCGCUACUUCAAACAUUGCCGAGGCUGGAACUCUUACCCUGGAGUGGAACCGCCUUAGUUUAUAUACUGGCAAUUCCACGUACCAAACACUGGCUGAGAAAUCUGUGCAGUAUAUGAUUCACAUGGCAACUCCUCUCCCUGGUAUGCCCGCUCAAGGUAUCAACCCAGGGACUGGUAGUCCUGUUGGUGGGUAUGUGACUUGGGGCGGAGGUUCUGACUCUUACUUUGAAUAUCUCAUCAAAUAUGCCCGCCUUACAAAUACCGACGAUAACUCGUACGCCGAUACGUGGUUGACCGCCGCUGAUACUUCCAUGAAGAUGCUCCUAAGAUCGUCAAUUGUCGAUGACUGGUUGUACCUUGCUGAUUACGACGACGACAAAAAGAUUCGUCACGUGGGGUCCCACCUGGCCUGCUUCUAUGGAGGAAACUGGAUUCUAGGCGGCAAGCUCACCAACAAUGCAACACUGGUUGAUAUUGGUCUUAAACUCACUGAUGCCUGCUGGAACACAUACGCGAAGACUGCUACUGGGAUUGGCCCCGAAGCUUUCUCAUACAUCUCUAGCGACGGCAACUACACUGGCAACACUGCUCCUAGUCAGGAGCAACUCGAUUUCUAUUAUGCGAACGGCUUCUAUAUCACCGCUCCCGACUACGUUCUUCGUCCUGAAGUCCUUGAGUCGAACUUCUAUGCUUGGCGUGUGACUGGUGAUCUCAAGUACUUCAACAAUGCAGUUAGUGCCACUGUCAGUUUCAAGAAGUACCUGUCUACAACUGUUGCGUACACUGGUAUCUACGACGUCAACGACGUGCUUUCCCAAAAAAUCGAUGACAUGGAAAGUUUCUGGUUCGCCGAGGCCCUUAAGUACCUGUAUUUAACCUUCGACGACCCCAAACACAUCUCGCUUGAUGAAUAUGUCUUCAACACAGAGUGCCACCCUUUCAAGGCACCGCCUGCAAAAUCCAAUUAUGGUUCAGGUUCUGAGCCGAAGCCUGUAACGGGGAAGCCAUUCUCCCCAGAGAGCGCACCCCUACCAGCUGUUUCCCCAAAUCCCGCGCUCACAUCCUCGAUAUGA